AUGGAGAGAGUGAAUAACGUGACAGAAUUCAUCUUGCUGGGCCUGACACAGAACCCAGAUGUGCAGAAACUCUUGUUUGCUGUGUUCACAGUCAUCUACUUUCUCACCCUGGCAGGCAACCUACUCAUUGUGGUAACAAUCACCACCAGCCCAGCCCUGGGCUCCCCCAUGUAUUUUUUUCUGUCUUUCUUGUCCUUCAUAGAUGGCUGCUGCUCUUCUACCAUGGCCCCCAAAAUGAUAUUUGACUUACUCUCUGAAAAGAAAACUAUCUCCUUCAGUGGGUGCAUGACUCAGCUCUUUGCAGAACAUUUCUUUGGGGGAGUGGAGAUCAUCCUGCUCGUGGUGAUGGCCUAUGACCGCUACGUGGCCAUCUGCAAACCCCUGCACUACAUGAUCACAAUGAACAGGCAGGUGUGCAGCCUCCUGGUGGCUAUGGCCUGGGCUGGCGGUUUUCUUCAUGCUCUGAUUCAAAUUCUCUGUAUGGUCUGGUUGCCUUUCUGUGGCCCCAAUGUCAUUGACCAUUUCAUCUGUGACCUUUUUCCUCUGCUAAAACUCUCCUGCACUGACACUCACAUCUUCGGACUCUUUGUUGCUGCCAACAGUGGGCUAAUGUGUAUGCUCAUUUUUUCUAUUCUGGUUGCUUCCUAUGUCAUCAUCCUGUGCUCCCUGAGGACUCACAGCUCUAAUGGGCGUCGCAAAGCCCUGUCUACUUGUGCCUCUCAUAUCACUGUUGUCAUCCUAUUCUUCAUACCUUGUUCAUACCUUUACCUAAGACCCAUGACCUCCUUCCCCACCGACAAAGCAGUGACUGUGUUUUGCACCCUAGUGACGCCUAUGUUGAACCCUUUAAUCUAUACUCUCAGAAACGAAGAAGUGAAAAAUGUCAUGAAGAAGCUCUGGGGGCGAAUAAUGAAAACUGAUGAUAAAUAA